GGUAGUACUAUUUUUUUUCCUUGUAUUUUUUAUUUCUCUUGUUUUUAUUUUUUCACGCUGCGGUAUAUAAAUAGCGUGUAUCAGGAAUUAAAUUCUUACCCCGGAGAAUUCUGAUCUCACUAAUCGGGUGAACAACCAUAAAAAAGCGUGGUGAGACCGGUCCACCGGGAAUUUCCAGAAAUCGAAGGUCGUUCCCCAAAGACUGGGCGACAAUUCUGUGACGGCGUUGAUUUGGUUCACAAGGCGGAAGCGUACAAACGAGAGAAAAAAAAGAGGUGAGAAGGAGAAAGAGAGAGCAAGGGCAAGGUUACGGUAAUAGGCGCCAAGCCGCGAGACCGGGGAAACGAACUCGCCGCGAACGGCCACGAUAGGACGUUGCCCUUUGCAGAGAUUGGUGACUAUAGAUGUGCGCACACCUACGUACACAUGUACGUAUGUACCUGCCCACCGCCGUGUGAUAACUAUUACGCUCUGUCUUUGGCAUCAUCGCGUUCCCUUCUUUUCGCUUCCUCCUCUCUCUCUUUCUUUUUGAAUAAAACUGGUUAUCGCCGCGAGGGACAUUCAACGCGCGAUUGAUAUGUUGUUGACGAGGUACAGAAGUCUUCGGCGAUCUCACCGUGUCGCCAUCCUCGAGUAUCUUUAAUGCUAUUAAUACUAUCACUUUUUUCUCCUCCGAUUCUCUCUGGCAAUUCGCAAUCCGAAUGUAAUAAGGAACGCUUGAGGAAUAUCACUAAUCGUUUCCAGCGUCAUGCAUUUUCUCUCAGCUUUGGAGAAAAAUUCAAUUAGCAAGAUGAAUAAUUCUCAAAUUAUAAGUGACUGAAAAUUAAAGAAAAUGAAACCUUAUUAUCUUUAACAUCACAUAAAUAAAUCUUUUGUUCAAUUUAAAUUAAAAAUUUGGUUUAUUUUGAAUUUUGAAUAAUGUAUAUUCAAAAUUCAAUUUGAAUUGAGGAACUGUGAAAAGAUAUUAUUAUCAUCCUUGGAAACUUAUUAUAUAAGAAAAAUACGAUAACUUUUAACAUAAAAUACCUUCUUGAAUGUACCAUCGACAAAAGUAGGCUUGUAAAACUGAGUAUUUGUUUUCGGAUUUACUUAAGUUCGAGCGAAUAUCUUCUCCAAUCUUCGCAUAAAUUAUAGAAGUUUUACAGCGUAUCAACAAGCGCCUUGGCGAUGUAUGUGCCGUUAGCGGCAGGUUGCCGUCAGUCCGCCGAGGUUCUUGAACUUUUCCGGGGAUCCGUUUCUAGAACCGACCGAAGGAAGGCCGCAGGUUCGGAUCGCCCAGGUGGGGAUCGGGAUCGUCCUCUGGUACGAGACAUCGCCCGGUCAUCACACCUCGAGCAUCCUCCGUGUUGUCCAGACCACGUCCUACGUUCUCAAAGUUGUUUCGUCUGCUUUCGUCGGUAUCUUGCGGUACCGACACCGGUCCAAUCGCGUUCCCGCGAUCAUCUUGUUAAAAUUCGCAAAAAGUGGUCGAUCCGAGUUCAUCGACUAGGAAGUAACUUGGAGCAAAUUCACGACUGGAGCCGAACAGGAAGCAUCUCACAGUUUCCGAAAUUAUCGAGUAGAGAACUAUAAUUAAGAAAAUAGAGUUGAAGACAGCAAACUUUACUAGUAGAAAACGGAUCAAGAUUAAGUAAAGAGUGAACCUGAAAAGUUCACAAGUUGCUGUCGAGUAGAAGGCAACUCGACAAGUAGCCGCUCAUCAAUGUUAUCAAUCAACAUGCGCGUAUUCAAGACUGUGUUGGUCAUCGCGUUCUUCGGCGUAAGCGUUCAAUGUUUACCUGUCACUGACAGCAAGCCGACCGAAUCUAAGAUCGAGUCUCAAACUGAGUCCAAGAUCGAAUCCCUGACUGAGUCCAAGAUUGAAUCUCAGACUGAGUCGAAGAUCGAGUCUCAGACUGAGGUCAAGCCCGAAAUCAUUUCGGAAGAGUCAUCACAGGAGCCAGCUAUAACUACGGUCGCGCCGAUACCCACAUAUUCCGACGCCAUCGAUUACUACGAUCAGCGGCAGAACGGCACCGAGAAUUACCGCAUUCACGUAGAUGGUCUUGCUUUCGUAAUCGCGCCAAUCGAGGCAUUGCUCCUGGCUGGCGCCGCUGGUGGUACCUCAGAGUCUAAUUUAUCGCUCUCCAGCCUAGGUAUAUCCCCGACUCAAUCCAUCAGCGAGUUGGAUAAACCCGCCAGUGACAUCAUCCACAAUAAAACUGAAUCAGCAAUUUCGAAGACAAUACACAAACAACCAGCUGUACGGUUGGCGAAUUUCUUGGCGCCCUUUAUACGUAGCAUACGUCAUGUGCGAGGCAUGAGCGUGCAUUAAAACGACUCCCUGAUGCAAUUCCAAUACUGCCUAUAGCAUAAGAAAACGGGAUAGGAUAUCUGCAUCUACAGGGAUGAUGGACGAGUAUUCGUAGAAUGUAACGUAUAUAGUAGAUGACCGACUCAAUGUCGUACCACGCAUUUAUAUAGUGUCUAAAUAUCAAUAAAAGGACGCGCUAAUAUUAGCGUUAUUCGGCGCACGCAUUUCUCUGUAACUUAAAAGAUGGCUUUUAAAAUACAUGAAAUUACAGAAAUAACGAUUUCACUAACCUUAUCCGCACAAUGUAACAGGCAAUUGUGUUUCAGUAUAUUUCCACAUAUGUAUUUACAUGUUAAACGAGCUAAAUGCAUUAUUUGCUUUGUUAUUAGCCAUAAUUUCGUUUUGAUUUAGCGUCACAGUACACACUUACUUCUCAUAUGCUUGUAAACCAAUCGUAAUGUUAGUCGCGAUUUCUUAUAUUGACACUCGCAUUUACGUGAUAUAAUCUGCUUUAAUUACAUGUAAAAUAUUUUAUAUAUAAUAUAAUAUAAUAUAAUAUAAUAUAAUAUAAUUAUAUAUAUUUGUGUCUUUCUUAAGAUAUGAAAAUUUAUUGGAUUAAACAUUAAAAUACAUAUGUGUUGUUGUUUGGUGUAUCAUCACAAUGUUUCUAUGUUUAAAAUUAUGUUCAAGUUAAAGCAAAGUUCCAUUUUGAUAAAGGAAACCUCGUUUAUAUUACUGUUGAUAAUAAAUCUCAACUUUCUCUGAGAUUUAUUAUAAACAAAUCCUAUCGAUAUUAACGUAUAUAUAUUCAUAAAAGAAAUAAAUUACGUACACAAACACACAAAAAUAAUUGCAAAAUGUUUUGUUCUAGUCCUUACCUAUUGAAAAACUCAAUUUUUAUAUCUAUGAGAUUUAUCAUAAAAUAUUUCACUAUCUUCUUGGAUGUCACAAAUUGAUUAUGGUAAUAUAAGUAUUGCAUGAUCGAAGACAUGAAAAGAUAUUGGAAAUUCUAUUCCUUCAUUUUAUAUGAUAAUACCUUGCACCCGUAUUUUCUAUUAAAUACUAUUAUUUAAUAUGUACCCUGUCUAUUUCGAAUGAAAGGUGUACUUAAAAACAAUCUUUUAUUUAUAAAUCUAAUAAUUUCACACGUUAUCAAGAAUUGUUUUAUAUACUGAAUAAAAAAUUCUACUAUCAAUUCAGUGAAUAAUCAGUAUUCGACAAUAUAUUCAGGAAUAACGAAUAAUGAUUUACAAUUCUGUAUUUUCAAAAAAAUAUAUCAGCGUAUUACAUAAUGUAUUCAAAUAUAUGUUAAAUAUAUAAUAUUUAGAUAUAGAUAAAUAUAAUUUAGGCAUAUAAAACAUAUAUUUUAUAUACGCUAAUACAUUUACAAAUAUGUAUAUAUUUAAAAUCGUUAUUCAUUACUCGUGAAAGUAUUUUGCUCAAUACUGGUGAAAAAAAUACAAAGCAAAAUCAGCAAUAUUAAAUAUCUUUUGAUAUCUUUCUACAUGCUACGCUAGUCAGCCAUAAUUGAUUGCAAUGUUAACCAGAAUCAUUUAUUCAUUAAAUAGUCAUGUUCUUAGUACAAUUAUUUUAGAAACAGCGACGAGCCUGUAUUCAUUCAAAUUUGUUUCUUCGCAAUCUCGACGUAUAACAUCAUACUAAUAUACACAUGUACAAUACUAUAUUCAGCCUGAAAUUAUCAUUACAAAGCGCACAAAAAAUACGCAGUCAUAAAAAAA